AUGACAGACUCGCAGUUUACUACACAUGUGGUUUUCUUAUUGUGGUUCAUUUGGAAAGAACGGUGUAAUUGUGUGUUCAAUCAUAUCUCCCCAAAUUCUCUUUCGGUGGCGUCGAGGGCUUUUAGAGCUUCAUCGGAAUUUCUGGCAAUUCCUACUUUCAUCAGCCCAAAGAUUCACCGCCCUUGCAACUCUGAGGAUUCCUUUCAUUGGCUUCCACCUCCAGUUCACUCUUGGAAAAUUAACACGGAUGCGGCAUGGGAUUCUUCCACUCUUUCUUGUGGGCUCUCAGCUCUAUUACGUGACUCUACUGGAACUUUAGUAAAAGGCUUGUCCCAGUCGAAUUUUGCUUCCUCCUCCUUGGCUGCUGAAGCUAUGGCUAUUGAUCUUGGCCUCAGCCUUGCCUCCUCUAUACCUCUUUCUUCUUUUCAGUUGGAAUCAGACUCUUUGGUUUUGAUAUCAGCUUUUUUAAAUCCUUUGUCUGCGGUUGACUGGUCGACUUCUCAGAUUGUUUCCACCAUCCGAACGAAGGCUUCUAGCUUCAACCGUGUAAACUGGCGUUGGACCAGUAGGAGGACAAACGCUGCUGCGGAUCUUGUGGCAGCGUGGGCCUCGCGCAGGGUGUGCCCGGUGGAUUGGGACUCCAAUCCCCCUCCCUCCCUAAUGCGCAUUUUACUUUAUGAUGCAGCUGGUCCCCCCCCUUAG